AUGGGAGAUUGGAACUUGUUGGGGAAGCUUUUGGAGAGUGCCCAAGAACACUCCACAGUCGUGGGUAAAGUGUGGCUUACUGUGCUCUUUAUCUUCCGGAUCUUGGUGCUGGGUACAGCUGCUGAAAAAGUCUGGGGGGACGAACAGUCUGGCUUUACCUGUGACACCAAACAGCCUGGCUGCCAGAACGUCUGCUAUGAUAAAACCUUCCCCAUCUCCCACAUUCGCUUCUGGGUUUUGCAGAUUAUCUUCGUAUCGACGCCCACGCUCAUCUACCUGGGUCACAUCCUGCACCUGGUCCGCAUGGAGCAGAAGAACAUCCAGAAAGAAAAGGAAAUCCAUCAGCAUGAUACAAGAACUAAAAAGGUUCCAGUUUGUGAUGAACGAGGGCGUAUCCGAUUGCAGGGUGACAUCCUUCGUACCUACAUCUUUAACAUCUUCUUCAGGACCUUGUUUGAAAUUGGGUUUAUAGUUGCUCAGUAUUUCCUGUAUGGAUUUAACCUAAAAGCACUGUACACAUGUGACCGGUCUCCGUGUCCCAAUCCUGUCAACUGCUACAUCUCCAGACCCACCGAAAAAACUGUUUUUAUUAUCUUCAUGCUUGUGGUGGCAUGUCUGUCGCUUCUACUAAACCUGGUGGAAAUUUGUCACUUGGGUUUCACUAAAUGUCGGCGAGGUAUCACGUGCAGAACUAUACCACCAUCUCAUACUGAAUUUAAAUCAGAUGGUGAGAAAGCAGAUACAUUUGAUCCCAAAUAUAAUUAUUUCACUGGACAUCAGAUGUCUUACCAACCUGGACCAGGAUACAAGGUUUCCAGAACCAAUGAACCUGACUCGUUCCUUCCAUACAGCACCAAAACUGUUUAUACACAGAAUAAAGAGAACUCUGCUGUCGAGAAGAAAACCCAGUUUGAGAUCAAUCACCAGAAUGUCUCUGGUUCUAUAGUUGUACAAGAAUGGCCUGGAAGAACCGCCAAACACAAUAACAGGAUUAGAACUGAUGAUCUGAUGAUCUGA